AUGCCCAGCAGGGCCAUCCUAUGCGACUGGUGGCGUGGCUUUGCUGUGAAAGCUACAGCUCUGCGCGAAUUUUCCGAGUCUGGCCCUGUCAUACCCUCUGUAUUCCGUGUAUUCCCCGACACCCUGGACAGUCCCGUCGAGGAACGUGUCCGACCUCAGCUCCCUGACAUGGAGGAGGACUACUUUGCCUCCAUCCUCCACCCGUAA